CAACCCUAGUAUAAAAGCUCCAACACUCUCUGCUACGGCGAUCGCACUUUUUUUUAACCAUUUUUUAACCGCUUCUCCGCGUGAACCCCGCUCGCCGUUAACGAUCGCCACGCCUCCUCCGCCCUCACGGCAGUCGCGUUCGUUUAUCAGAGACAAGAAAAUAACAAUUUUUUCGUGGUUUCCGUUUCUGUUAACUGUUUUUCUGUUUUCAUAUUUUUUCCACUUUUUUGUUCUGUUCUUCGCCAAUAUUUUUGAUAUUUCUGUCAACCGAAAGUUUUUCGAGUGUUUUCCAAAAAAAACCUUAAUUUAAGGCUUAACAGCAACCUCUAGAAGUUAACAGACCAGCUAACAGUCAACUAGCCAUGACACAAACCAGAAAUAGGAAACCCCCGAAGACUCUGCCGCUGCUGCUCCUGCUGAUCCUGCCCCUGGCCAGCAGGACAGUGGGCGUGGCGCUAUCCAACACCAACAGUGCCCAGGCCGCUCAGCGCUUCUUCUACGCCUCCGGGCCAGCAUCAGGAUCGGGAUCUGCCGCCGCCGAGUCCACACAGACGAAGGUGCGUCUUCUGCGGCAGGUGGACGGAGCUGCUGCGCCGGCGGAAGAGGGCAGCUGUUGCCAGGGGGCCAGCUCUACCCCCUCGGACUCUUCGCUGCUGCCGCUGGAGGGAGUCUCCAGCUCGGAGCUGGGCAACGUCACUGCUGUGGACUACGAUGUCUCCGGGGAAGCCUCCUCCAAGGAAAAUGUGAAGCGUCAUGUCCCCAGAGCUGCCAUCAGGUUCGCCAGUGCCGCGAGCUGCUCCCCCCAGCCGACGAUCGUGGAACUGAAGCCGCCGGGAGCCGAGAGCAGCAACUUCUUCUACACCCCGGCCUGCACCAGGGUGAACCGGUGCAGCGGCUGCUGCGGAUCGACGCUGAUAACCUGCCAGCCGACGGAAACCGAGAUCGUCCAGAUGCGCGUGUGGAGGGGGGACCGUAGUGGAGCCGAGCCCCGCCGCAAGGUGACCAUCGUGGAUGUGGAACAGCAUCUGGCGUGCCGCUGUGGCUGCCGGAUCAAGGAGGGCGACUGCAACGCCUACCAGUCGUAUCGGCAGGAGCUGUGCCGGUGCGAGUGCCACAACACGGACGCCAAGGACAAGUGCCUGGAGCAGCUGGACGUCAAGUACUGGGACGAUGCCAACUGCACCUGUGCGUGCCGCUACAACCUGAGCUGCACCACCGGCACCGUCUUCGAUGAGACGCAGUGCAAAUGCACCGACCCGAUGGCACCCGUCGACGUGUUGGAUCGAAAACGCUUUAUUGUCCAGGCCAUAUCGGUGGAAACCGAUAACACCACCCUGUACAGUGUCUGAGAGCAAAAUUCUAGGAUUAAGGAGUACGAGAAGUACGAGGAUGGAGAAGGAACGACCACUUCCUGGAGGGGCAUGGAAUCCCCGAGUACUGAGAAGAAAACCAACCAAGAAAUCAACCACAUGUACUUUAUUAUUUAUAGUUAUUGAUUAAUCUUAGGCUAUUUACGAAACAAAACAAGUUUGUUUUCAGUAUUUUCCUCCCCUUCGAAAAAUUACAAUACAUUUUUUUAAAAAUUCAAUUGUAUAAACUAGGUAUUGUUUCAUGUUUGCGUUUUAAAAUGUAAAAAUUGUUAAAAACCACUCCCAAAAAUUCUAUCAAGCACCACUUUGAUGUUAAUAUUAAUACAAAAAUGUUAUAAUUAUUAAAUAAAACUUUAUGUGUAUCACAAAAUUAGAAAAUUAUAGAAAUCAAAAGUGUACUUAUGUUGACUAGUGUCUUGAUUUCUUUCUAACAACUCUUGUACGAAAAUGUUAAAUUUAAGGUUAGUCUACAAUUUUUGAAUAAAAAGUAAAUACCAAUUAUAAAA